AUGCUGACAACCAACAUAUGGACCAAAGCAGGCCUCGUAAAUGGGGCUCUAGGCGAAGUAGUCGACAUUGUGUAUGAAUAUGGCUCCAAGCCACCAGACAUUCCAGCAUAUGUAAUAACAAGAAUUAAUAACUAUACUGGGCCAUCAUGGAAUCCGACAUAUCCAAAACUUGUACCAAUAACUCCAAUAUCACUGGGAAAUAGAAGACAAAUCCCGCUUAAGAUGAUGUGGGCUAUAAUAGUCCACAAAUCCCAAGGCUUAACACUCCAGAAGGCACCAAUUGAUAUAGGAGCUACUGAAAGGCAAGGCUUGACAUUUACAGCCAUAUCCAAAGUUAAAACAUUAGACGGUCUUCGUAUAGAACCUGGAUUCUCCUUUGAAAGAUAUUGUAAAAUGCAGAACAACCCAUAUACAAUCAUUAGGAAGCAAGAAUAA